GUUGUGAUGCGAAGUGCGCCUGCGUGGCUUUGGUGGCGUUCUUCUCCAGCGAACACCUAGCCGGCUGCAGAAGGACUAGGUGCUGGCAAGUCACUGAGCGCUGUUGGGUGUAAGAUGGAGCUGUCUUUCUGUCUAUGAGGGUCUCAAGGAAGCGAUAGUUUGCGUUCGUUUCCCAUCCUCCACAUCUCUACCCCAUCCCCGCCUUCUUUACGCCCAUUCCCGCCUCUCUCACACAACCAUACACAUGAGUAUUGGUUACCUUGUUUAACAGGAUCGACCUCAGUAUCAGCAAUCAUGGCCGGGGAACAAGCCCUUAGAAAACAGCGCUCGGGACAGCCUUCUCAGCUGCUUCCUUCUACCCCAGGGCUGCAAGGGACAGAGGCCAACGCACUGCCACAGAAGAACAAGAACCCCACCUGCAGCAAAUCAAAACAGUCAAAGUUGGAGAGCACAUUGGCAAAGAAAACAAAAUGUGCUAAUGGUCAGCCUUUACCUAUGACACCCAAGAAAACCACCAAAGACAGCCUGUUAGCUAAAGAAGAAGAGUACAAACGGUUAAAUGCAGAACUGGAAGCAAAAACAGCUGAAUUAGUUCGUGAAGCAGAAGAGGUGAUGCGGGAACAACAAGAACUUUUGUCAAAACCAGCACUAACUCAGGUUCUGCUGUUUGAUGAAGAUGAUGAUGAUGUAAACCUAAGAAAGUUGCUUUCUCCAGAGGUGCCAACUUUAACACUUUCACAUGUCAAGAACCAUAGCAAACUUGAUACAAAGUCAUCAGUUCUGAGCAGGCCUCCUUCUGCAAAUAAAGGGAAGAAGUCCAUUUCCAGGGCUAGACCAAGAACUACAGACACACAAGCAGCUGACAAUGUUGCAAUCCCAAUUGACAUAACAGAUUUCUCUCUUGCAAAAACUAUUAGUAAGAUUGAAUGUGAUCUGGAGAAAGGGCAACUUCCUGAGAACCCUGAGGAUGAUAUAAUUCCAGGAAUGAAUAAUGAAAUUGGAGCAGAAGCACAGAUAAGAUUUAUGAAAGCAAAGCUGCGAGUCAUGCAAGAAGAGCUGGAUAGCAUUACUCAUGAAUGCAAUAAGAAGGAUGAUGAAAAUCACAAUCUAACAUCAAGACUAAAAGAAGUGGAGGAGGAUCGUGCACGGCUACAGAGAUCUGCCAACAUACAGCAGACUCAGGCUGAGAAGUAUAAAGCUUUAUCUGAAGAGGCAAAUAAAAAAAGUGAUGGUUUACAGCAUCAGCUCUCUUCAUUAGAGAAGGAAGUGGAGAAUUUCAAGCGAAUACAGAAGCAGUCUGCAUCCAGUCAGAGUGCCACUGAGGUUCGUUUGAACAGGGCUCUGGAGGAGGCUGAAAAGUACAAAAUGGAGCUUAAUAAACUGAAACAAAGUAACAAGGAUACUGCCAACCAAGAGAGGAAAAAGAUUGAGGAACUAAGACUUGAAAACCAGAAGCUGGAGAAGCAGAAAGCAGAGCUGAUGGCUGGAUUUAAGAAACAGCUCAAAUUAAUAGACAUUUUAAAAAGACAAAAGAUGCAUAUUGAGUCUGCAAAGAUGCUUUCCUUCACAGAAGAAGAAUUUAUGAAGGCAUUGGAUUGGGGGAAUUAACUGGCUUUGUUGCAAUUCACUUGGACUAUAGUAACAAACAUUAUUUGUCAAUUAUCUUAUAUCUUUACAAAAGGCAAUAUUCUUUUUCAUGAUUUAGAUCAGGGCGAUUAAACAUUUUUCCCAUCUCCAACUUCCUGAACAGCCACAGUUGCAGUAUAAGCACAGAGCAAGUUACUUCUAUUAUCGGUUAUUUUGUUGAGUUUUGUUUUAAGAAAUCAUAUAUUAUUGUUACUUUCAAUGUACAAGUUUAAAAUAGCCCAGAAAGACCAAAUCUAACAGUGUGCAGAAGAUGUCAGCAGUAAUGUCACAACAGAACUCUACUCAACUGUAAAAUGGAGAUUAAAAUGAAUAAAAAUAUUUUUUGUGAUCAUGAGAAUAACCAUGUUUUCCAAAGAAUUAUCUGUUGAUAUACUGCUACUCCAUACAGCUCUUCAUUCCUGUGCACUCUACAACAUACAUACUUCCUAGCUAAUUAAAAUACCCAGGGCUGUAUUUAUAUACUGGCACCAGUGGGCUGUGCCUAGGUGGCAGCUUUAUUGGGUUGGCCAAAGGGCACCUAUUAUAUAUAUAUAUAUAUAUAUAUAUAUAUAUAUAUAUAUAUAUAUAUAUAUAUAUAUAAAAAAAGCUUACAACUCUCCCCCCCCUCGGACACUUGUUGUUAAAUAUGUGCCAGUCACCAAAGGGGAGGGCAGAUGGCAAGUGUCAAGGGUAGCACUGGUCAUACAUGCCACCUUAUGUCAUGAUUGUUUGCUACCUCCAUGCAGCAUCUGCAGAGAAAUUUUAGAGAGUAAUUGCAGCAGUUGUUUGUUUCUUCCUAAAACUGGCUUCAUUGUUUCCAGACCAGAAUGGUAAAAAUAAUCAUCAGUUACAGGAGUGGGGUUGCCAGCUAAUCUCUCUCUUAAACCAGACAUAAAUAAUGCAAGCUGCAUAGCAAAUAAGCAGUUUGUUUAAGGAUAAACAAAAAUUCCCUCUAUAAUUUUGUUGCAUUCUACAGUGUUUGCCGAGUAUCCGCACAGUAUGAGGAUUCCAUGUGUUCUUCUUCAAAGACUAAGCUGCUGACAGAUUUUCCUAAUAUACAGCUAUGCAUGGUGGUGGGGCAGCCACCUGUAAAUGUUGGUCUGGAGUGUGAGAUGCAAGAGAAACAUGUAUAAAAAAAAUAAAACGGAUAUACA